AUCUGCCUUGUUGCUGCAUCUAGUAGCCCAGCGCCUCCGAAGUGGCUUUUGUCUCUCCGGAUCCCUUUCCCAGGUCUGUGGCUUUAAGAAGUUAGCUUCGAAGAGAGUCUGGAGGUUUGGGUCGGGUGAGUUAACCCAAGUUCCUAGUCCUCAUGGAGGUCUGAAUGGAAGUUGGAGGCUUUGGUGCAGGAGAGGCAGGCCUGUGGCUUCACAGGUUGGAAAGUGACCAGGUUUGGGACCAGGUGAGGCAGGUAAGGGAGAAGGAGGAUAUGGCCAGGUAGGGACAGGUAGGUAGAAAAAGACAGGAAGGUUAAGACAGGGAAAUAAGGUAGAACAGGUAUAGUAUUAUUAUUACUAUUGUUAUUAUUGUAAGGUUAGUGCAGGGAAGUAAGGUAGAACAGGUGUGUUGUUGUUGGAAGGUUAGGACAGGGAAUUAAGCUAGAACAGGUAGCUAAGGUAAAACAGGACAAGGAGAUAAGGACCAGGAAUAAUAAUAAUAAUAAUAAUAAUAUAGUGCAGGGAAGUAAGGUAGAACAGAUAUAUUAUUAUUAUUAUUAUUAUUAUUAUUAUCAUUAUUGUAAGUUUAGUGUAGGGAAGUAAGGUAGAACAGGUAUAUUAUUAUUGUUAUUAUUAUUAUUAUUGUAAGGCUAGUGCAGGGAAAUAAGGUAGAACAGGUAUAUUAUUAUUAUUGUUAUUAUUGUAAGGUUAGUGCAGGGAAGUAAGGCAGAACAGGUAUAUUAUUGUUGUGGUUGUUGUUGGAAGGUUAGGACAGGGAAUUAAUCUAGAACAGGUAGGUUAGAACAGGUAGCUAAGGUAAAACAGGACAAGGAGAUAAGGACCAGGAAUAAUAAUAAUAAUAAUAUAGUGCAGGGAAGUAAGGUAGAACAGGUAUAUUAUUAUUAUUAUUAUUGUAAGGUUAGUGUAGGGAAGUAAGGUAGAACAGGUAUAUUAUUGUUGUUGUUGUUGGAAGGCUAGGACAGGGAAUUAAUCUAGAACAGGUAGGUUAGAACAGGUAGCUAAGGUAAAACAGGACAAGGAAAUAAGGACCAGGAAUAAUAGUAAUAAUAAUAAUAAUAAUAAUAAUAAUAAUAAUAAUAAUAAUAAGUUUAUUUGUAUCCCGCCACCAUCUCCCCCGGAGGGGACUCGGGGCGGCUCACAGAAAUAUCAGAUACAAAACAAUAACAAUAUACAACACAUCAAUAAACAAUAACAUGCACCAAUUGUAAUAUUUGCACAUUGACCAAAAAGAAUAAAAACACACUUAUUAAAAACAUAGAAUUUUAAAACAGUGAGGUUGUAAUAGUAGAUUAGCAAAGUGCACAUAAUAAUAAUAAUAAUAAUAAUAAUAGGGCAGGUAGGUAGAGCAAGACAGGGAGGUAAUGUAGGAUAGGGAGGUAAGGGCCAGGUAAAUAAAUAUAAUAUCAAAGGGCCAGGUAGGUAGAAUAAGUCAGGAAAGUAAUAUAGGAUAGAGAGUUAAGGGACAGGUAAAUAUAAUAAUAAUAAUAAUAAUAAUAAUAAUAAUAAUAAUAAUAGGGCCAGGUGAGUUGAGCAAGACAGGUUAAUAAGUUAGGACAGUGAGGUAAGGACCAGGUAAAUAAAUAUAAUAAUAGUAAUAAUAGAGUCAGGUGGGUAGAGCAAGAAAUAAAUAAUAAUAACAACAACAACAACAAUAGGGCCAGGUGGAUAGAGCAAGGCAUGUAACUAAGUUAGGAAUGGGCGGUAAGGACCAGAUAAAUACUAAUAUUACUACUACUAAUAAUAAUAAUAAUAAUAAUAAUAGAGCCAGGUGGGUAGAGCAAAACAUGUCAGCAAGUUAGGACAGGGAGGUAAGGGCCAGGUAAAUAAAUAUAAUAGUAGUAGUAACAAUAAUAAUAGAGCCAGGUGGGUAGAGCAAGAAAUAAAUAAUAAUAACAACAACAACAACAAUAGGGCAGGGUGGGUACAGCAAGACAUGUAGGUAACUUAGGGCAGGGAGGUAAGGGACAGGUUAAUAAUAAUAAUAAUAAUAAUAAUAAUACAUCACACAGUCUUAAACACUUUGGAAGUGUUCGACUUGUGAUUUUGUGAUACGAAAUCCAGCAUAUAGAUCUUGUUUGCUGUGUCAUACUAUGUCUUUGUGUCAAUAAUAAUAAUAAUAAUAAUAGUCAGGUGGGUAGAGCAAAACAUGUCAGUAAGUUAGGACAGAAAGGUAAGGACAGGCAAAUUAUUAUUAUUAUUAUUAUUAUUAUUAUUAUUAUUAUUAUUAUUAUUAUUAUAGAGCCAAGUGGGUAGAUCAAGACAUAUAGGUAGUUAGGACAGGGAGGUAAGAUAAGACAGGUAGGUAAGGACAGGUAGAUACGAUAGGAUGGAUGGGUAGGGACAGAUAGAUCUGCCCCAGGAUUUUGGAGAGAAGUCCCUAGAAGGCUGCUUCUUCUGUGAAUUCAGGUGUGCUGCUUAGUUGUUCCUAGGGGAUGGAUAGGUGACUUUGAGUCUCUAAAGAGUAGGUUUAGCAGUGUGGAGAGUGUUUAGGGUCAACGGAGCCAGGAUUUGGGGUGAGUGGCAGAGAGUCAGGCAGGAUCACCUGUAAAGAGAAUACCUGGCCUCCCCACUUGGGUCAGGGCCACAACCAUGUCCUAGAGGUGCGACCGAUGCCCCACCUGUACCAGCGAAGAUGACCCCGGAAGAAGAGAGCCCCCCGGGAGGCGAAGGAGACGGGGAGAGCGAUGACAACGGGGUCCCCCUCCAUUUGCAGCCCUCCGAAAGCUAUGGCAGCCUGCGGAAGGGUUCUGACCCUUUGGCACAGUCACAGCGGAGCAAGUUGCAGCACCGCCGGGCGCGGAUCAAUCAGCAGAUCAACAAAGAGAUGCGGAUGCGAGCCGGUGCAGAAAACCUCUUCAGGGCCACCAGUAACCACAAGGUCAAGGAGACGGUCGCCUUAGAGCUCAGUUUCGUCAACUCCAACCUGCAGUUGCUGAAGGAAGAACUGGAAGAGCUGAACAGCUCCAUGGAUGUGUAUCAGAACGACAGUGAUUCUAUCAGUGUUCCCAUGAUCCCUUUGGGGCUCAAGGAGACCAAGGAGUUGGACUGGGCCGCACCCUUGAAGGAAAUGAUUUGGGAUCACUACGGUGAAGAUGGCUCAUCGUACGAGAUGGAGAUCCAAAGCCUCAUGGAGCUGCGACAGGCCAUGCGGACACCCAGCCGGAACGAAGCCGGUCUAGAGCUGCUUAUGGAGUAUUACAGCCAACUCUACUUCCUCGACAACCGCUUCUUCCCUCCCAAUAAGAACCUGGGCCUCUUUUUCCACUGGUACGAUUCUCUGACGGGUGUCCCGUGCCACCAGCGGGCCCUGGCCUUCGAAAAAGGGAGCGUGCUUUUCAACAUCGGGGCCUUGCACACCCAGAUCGGGGCCCGGCAGGACCGCACCGCCCUGCAAGGCGUGGACUGCGCCAUCGAAGCCUUCCAGAAGGCCGCUGGCGCCUUCAACUACCUGAAGGAGAACUUCUCCAACGCCCCCAGCCUGGACAUGAGCACGGCCUCCUUGAACAUGCUGGUCCGCCUGAUGAUCGCCCAGGUCCAGGAGUGCGUCUUGGAGAAGGUCUUGCUCCUCCACGCCCAGAGCGACUUCCUCACCUGCCUGCAACUUGCCCAGGAAGCAGCCAGGGUUGAAGAGGUUUACGCGCUGGUCCACCAGACGAUGACCCAGCCGCACGUGAAGGACUACGUCCCCUUCUCAUGGGCCACCAUGGUGCAGGUCAAGUCGGAGCACUUCCAGGCCCUCUCGCACUACUACGCCGCCAUUGCACUUUGCGACUGCGCUCCCGCAUCUGACACAGAUCUUCCGGAGCAUGAAAAGGCCUUCCUCCAGUUCCACGUCACUCCGCCUGAAGGUCCGGCGUUGGCCCUCCUUUUGCAAGAUCCGGAAGAACGAAGGCGGUUGGGAAAAGCUCACCUAAAGAAGGCCAUCAUGCGGCACGAGGAGGCCAUGAGGAUCCAUGGCUUGUGCAAGAUCCUGAGGAAGAUGGACAUCCUGCAGGAGGUGCUCUGCUUUGCCCACAAGCGUUCGCUUAGCAAAUACUCUGAGAUCGACCACGAGGAAGACUUCUUCGAGACACCAGAUGCCCCCGACAUCCACCCCAAAACACACCAGAAACCGGAAAUCAAAUCCCCCAACUUCUCCAAAGUGAAAGUGACAGACAUUUUCCAUCGGCUGGGUCCACUAUCGGUUUUCUGUGCCAAGAACAAGUGGCACCCGCCACGGACGGUGCACCUGGUGCGAGGAGAGAACGGCUUUGGCUUCACCCUCCGAGGAGACUCUCCGGUCCUCAUCGCCGGAGUCAUCGCCGGAGGCUGUGCAGCAGAAGCCGGCCUGAAAGAAGGCGACUACAUUGUCUCCAUCGACGGGAAGGAUUGCAAGUGGUCCAAACACGGUGAAGUGGUGCAGAUGCUGAAGGUGGCCGGAGAGGAGGGGACCGAGGUCACCGUUGUCACUCUGCAGUACUCCGAAGGACAGGCCGCGGGGGACAAGAAGUCCGUGGCGGCCAUGUCGUCUUGCUCGGGGGUCCUGCUGAAGGGGGACAAGGAGAACAGCCGGAGGAGCCCCAUGCAGAGCAAGGGGGCCAGCACUCUCUUGGCCUGGGGCAAGAAGAGCAAGCGGAGCAAGACCAGCACCUACAGCCUCCCCUUCUCUUCCGUCGGGGACAACGACCUCGCGUGCUGAGCCCCCCGGCCAUCCCUCGGACCAAGGUCUUGCGGGAAGCCGCUUUCUGGCUGAUGAUGGAUAGAUAACCUUGGCAGUGGAAUCAAGGAUGUUCUCAUUUUAUCAGCCUUGCUUCUGAAAAGGAAUGGGAUAAAGAAGGAGAAACGAACUCUGGCCAUAUGGACUCUGGGUGAGCCUCCAUGCUCAGGAGCAGUCCGUCUCCAAAUGCUGAUGGAGACAAUAAGAGAGAGCAGUGCCCUUGACGCCCAACUUGUGAGUUCCUUGGAGAAGCCUUUGGAGGCCCUUCUUGGUUUCCUGGACUGGACUGAAUGGCCAGAUUCAACAGCCUUAAGGAUUGCCGAUUUUAGCCGGUUUCAAAGGCUUCCGGGAUGCCCUUUUUAAUCUCGCUCGACUAAAACCAGCUCAUCUCUCUGUCUUUACGUCUUGCAGAAGGACCCAGAUUUAAGGGGUUUAAGUUGAACAGUUGAUGGAGGUUUCAAGAGAUAAUUGGAGAAGCAGCUGGUGGAAACAUACACCCACAAAACUAAAUUGGAAUGAGGAAAGGGACGUUUACAAGACGUUUUGCAAGAGAUUGAAGGUCAAAACAUGCUUUGAAGGAAAGCACAGGUAAUGUAUGGCCAGAGCACAAUCCUGUACACACUUAUACAAAAGUACAUUCCUCUGGACUCAAUGGGAUUUGGGAUUUGUACAUUCCAAUGGGAUUUGUACCUUAGUCCCCAUUUUGCUGCUGUCUCUGCUCACAUAUUGGGCUUAGGCAAGCCUUUCGCUUAUCUUAUCUGCAAUUUGGGCACAGUACUGCCUUACCUUUCAAGGGUGUUGUCAAGGUCUGGAACAUGGUUGGCAUCUUAGAUGUGCGCACAUUUCCCCUUGAGUGUAGUUCAAUACUAAUUUUUGUGUAAAAUGUCUUGAUAUUGUCACCACGGAGGCUUCUGCAUCUGUGGAAAUCCCUUUUAGGAGGUAGCCUUCAUAGGCUAUGGCAAGGUAGCCCUUGGCUCUGCACUUGAUCCCUGACCCACUGAACCCCGGUCAUCCUUUUUAUGUGGAUUCCCCAGUUUAUAAUUCAGGAAUAGUUGGGAAGAGGAACGUAAUUUUUAAUGUUUCUGUGUCUCACUGCCUUUUGUUUGAUACUGACUGUGUUGAUUUGAACCCUAUCUCAAGAACAGAACCUACUUUCUUUGACUGAUUCCAGCCUUGGGGACAAAACCCACAUAGCAAUAAAAGGAGUGCCUCUGUC